AUGACACGCACCUCCCCAUUAGCCAGCUCCUGUCCGGUACAACAGCGCAGACCGCGCUCAAACGGCCACCAGGCACCUGCCGGCACUCGAGCAGACUCAUCGGCUCCAGCCAACGCUCAGGCACAAAAUCAUCUUUGGUGGAUCCAUACACGGCCUCAUCCCGCUGGAUGCUCGCCAGGCAGUUGUACACAACCCUCCCGUCGAUGCAAACCGUCUCCCCUUCUCCCAUCUGCACGCAAAACUCCGAUCCGGGAGGCUGAUACCGUGCCAUCCCAGACGGCGGAUAAAGACACAAAUAUCUCCUUAAUCCCAGCAGGAACAUUCGAUGUCUGCGAGAUCCGACGUUCCCCACCGGGAGAGAGCAGCAGGUCCCGUACGACCCGCGGGCGAGGUCUCCGGUCCGAAAAGGUCAUCCAGCUCGCGCCGAAUGGUAUCCAGUGCGCGCGGCAUGCGACUGAGCUCGUCGAAUGCCCAGGCAACCUGGAGACAUGA